CCCGUUUCACCUACAGUUGAUUGCGCUAAUCGAAUUCAAUUGGACACCGGAUGAGCGGAGAUUGCGUGUCAAUAAAUCGCUAUAUAAGGAAACGACGCUGCGAUGUUGGCUCAUCAUUAGCCAACUACGGUUUUUCCCCGGUUAAUCGUGCCUUUCCGGCUGCUUCUUCAGUUCGCUGUUAACAUUAUUUAAAAUGAAGAUACUGUUGGUCGCUGUUGCAUUGCUCGUAGCCAUCGAGACUGAAGCUCAUUCGGGGUGGUGGAAUCAAGAAAGAAGAGGAAACAAUUAUCCUGGCCACACUUGGGAUCAGAAUCCACAACGGAUGGAGAAUCAAAACAAUGGAUUUAGUUCCGACGUCGAGUGGGUAUGCCAAAAUCCAAGGACACAUGAUAUGAUGAUUAUUGCCGCCGACGACACACGACGUACGCCGCAACAGAAUGAUAGGGUAUGGUGGCAAAAUCAAUGGAAUGGUAAUGGGGACACCAUUCCACACAGACCCCAUAGGGAGCAUCAACACGGAAAUCCUUGGAAUCAACCAAUCAUCAUCAUUCAAGAAGUUCCGAAUACUGAUGAUAAAAAUCAACCAUUUCCGACAACACCAGGAAAUCGAUUGCCAUUUUCGACAACACCGAAAACCCCUAAUAAUAAUAAUAAUAAUAACAACGGACAAACGGAAUCUCCGCCUUAUAACGGUGGAGAAGGAUUAAUCGACAUUAGAGUCGGUGACAAUAAUUAAACAGAAUAAUCUGUAUUUCUGUUUUUAAUUAAAUAGACUUAAUUAAAUAUAGAGAGUACGAUUAUAUUUAACUUUGUAUUUUUUUUAUAAACAUCUGUUAUUACUAUGUUAUAGACAAUCAUUUAUCGCAAUAUUGAUUUUUUUAUAAGAGGCAGGAUUUUUCUACAAACAAAUAUUUUAUAAUAAAAUAUGCUAUUAAUAUAUACUAUAUUAUUUUUUGAAUACUAUACAAUUUAUAUUCAGUUUUCUUUAUUAGUGGCUAAAUAAGUGAAAAGUUAAUUGUUAGAAAAAUGUUAAUAUUAAAAAAAAGUAAAGUAACAGGAUUAAUCUGUAAUUAGUUUUAACAUAUAAGAAAGAGUAUAUAUAUUUUCAAUGUUAUGUAGGUCACCUGGGUGUUUUCUACUUAGUGAUGCAAGUCGAUCAAACGUUCUAUCCUUUUUAGCAUUUAUAAUAAGUAAUUAAAUAAGCAAUUACUUAAAGACAAAACAAUACUAGUGUCGGCUUAAUUGUGUCACUAAAUGGAAAGCACCUAUUAUAAUUUUAAGAAUAAAAAAAUUCUAUUUAGAUAUUUAGAUAUUUAGUAUAAUGUAUCAUCAAUCAUUAUGCAUACAAUGAUCAAGAAAUAAUUUACUUUCUUAAUUGUGUAGCAAUUAUUUAACGGACUUUUCACUUUUUUAAGUAAAUUCAUACAUUUAUUUUCCAUUUAUGUAGAAAGUGGACUUGUAUGAAUGAAUGUAAAUUAAUUUGACUGGCAAGCAUUAUAGCUGCAUGAGCGGAAACAUAUAUACAGACUUAUAUAAUCGGCUGAACAUUUCUAUUGGAGAAGUUUUGAAGACAAUUUUCAGAUCAGAGUAAAAUAUCUAAAGGAGAAAAAUCUUUUGUGGUUAUCUUGGUUGAUCAUAUAUAUCUCUCCUCUUAAAAACUUCAGCCCCACAGCAAUAUAUAUAUGUAUAUGCUCCGUUCAGCGAACGAUCGUAUUCUUAAAAAAUAUCACUUACGGAAAUGUAUGAAAAUACUAUAAUUUACGUUA